GCUCUGUGGCACUUUGUGAAUUUUCUUUGAUUUUGUAAUAUUUUAUUUUAUUUUCUCAAAGAUGUCUCUUGAAAUUGGUGCACCCAGUUUGUAUUGGAUCUGUUAAUGUUAUAAACUUUUGAUUUUGGAAUUGGGUCGUACGUAACGUAUCUCAUUGUAGGUUCUUGAAUUCGGUUAUAUUGAAGUGUUCAAAAAAUCUCAAGUGUUUUUAAGUUGUUGACUAAUUCUACAUUGAACUGCACCAGAUGGCUGAGGAGGGUCACAGGGUUACUUUAAAUGUUUAUGAUCUAAGCCAAGGUCUUGCUAGACAGCUUUCGAUGUCAUUUUUGGGGAAAGCUAUUGAAGCCAUAUGGCACACAGGAAUUGUGGUUUAUGGCAAUGAGUACUACUUUGGUGGUGGCAUACAACAUUGUACUGCUGGAUCAACACCAUAUGGAACUCCACUUAAAGUGGUUGAAUUAGGUGUUACACAUGUUCCCAAAGAUGUCUUUGAAAUGUAUUUGCAGGAGAUCAGUCCGCGGUACUUACCUGAAACCUAUAGUUUGCUUACACACAAUUGCAACAACUUCAGCAAUGAAGUUGCUCAAUUUUUGGUUGGUGCUACCAUUCCGGAUCAUAUUCUUCAGCUCCCUAAUGAAGUAAUGAGCAGCCCAAUGGGGUCUCUUUUAUUGCCAAUGAUUCAGAAUCUAGAGAAAACAUUAAAAUCUGGUGGUGUUCCACAAGUACCACAAUUCAGGCCUUCAACAGUGAAUCCAGCUUCACACUUUCCCUCAACCAACACACAGAAGAGUUCAAGUGGAACUAACUCGUCUACUGAGAAAAGUGUGAACAAAGUGGUGGAUAAUAGUAACAAGGAAGUAAAAGGCAAAGAAGAGAAUAAGAAGACAGAAAAUGCAGUGUCAUCAUCAUCAUCUUCUGAAAAGCCAAGUGGUGUUGUAGGCGAUCCUCUAGGGGAUGCACGCAACAAGGUUCAAGAUGAGAUUAUUAAAGAGUUUGCUUCAAUAAUGGCAAGUGGAACAAUGCGUGCUAGUGAGGCUGCAGCACUUGCUACUAGAAGAGUUAUGGAAAGAUAUGGCCAAAUUGCUGUGUCACAGAGUUAGCUGCAACACUUGUUUUUUUCAUAAUUAUAAUUUUAACUAUUUAAUGUUGCUCAAAGUGUUUGUGGUGGAUUAUUAGUAAUCAUUAUUUGAGACACAAUAUAAUGUGCCUGCAUUUUGUUAUUUUGGUCCUAAAAGUUUAUUUUAGAUAUA